AUGCCAGGCCUCGCUCUCGACACAACUAACUCCUCCGACAGUCUACCAGUCACAAUGUCAACAUCAGCCAACAAGGUCCUGGCCAACCUCGCCUCGUCAGAAUCGAGCCGUCUGCCCUCUCCUCAGCCCACCCACAUGUCUUCACACAACGGCACUGGCCACCGCAAGCUUCGCUCGGCCACCGUCGGCUAUGUCGCCCCCGAGUUUACUGGAAAGGUUGAGCAGAUGAAGACUGUUCGUAACCUCAUCCUCGGCAAUGGCUGGAUUCCCGAGGCCCUCGUCGACGACCAGAUUCGCUGGUUCUACGAGCAGCUCGGCAUCGAUGAUGUCUACUUUCGCAUUGAGAGCCCAGAGGUCAUUGGCAACCAAAUUACUUCCCUCUACGCCGCCAAGGUUGCCGCCAACUCUCGUGAGGACAAGCGCGAGGAGAUUCGCCUCGACAUGGAGGCCGAGGACCAUGCCAUCUACAUUGACACCAGUGAACCUGGCCAGUCCAACGUCUCUGGCCCCCGCUAUGAGGUCCGUCUCGAGGCCAAGUACCUCGAUCACUCGGACAGGACAAAGUACCGCGUCGAGACGUUCCGUUCCCCCGCCGCCAUCGGCGCCAGCCCCAACUCCAAGGCCACCCUCCGUUGCUACUUUGUCUACAAGUGCGACUUCAAGCAGAGCGUUGAGAACACUGACCCCAAAGAGACCAACAUUGAGCUCAUUUCCGACGCCGGAUUCUGGCAAAAGGCUACGGAGAACACCAAGCAAAUCUACCAGGAGAUCAUUCAGCUCGCCGUGUCUCGAACCGGCCCCGUCAUUGACAUCUUUGACAUUGAGGACUCUGUUGAGAAGCGUCUAGUCGUUGCGUUCCGCACCCGUACUGCCCGUGGCAUGUUCUCCUCCCUCUCCGAUCUCUACCACUACUAUGGCGUCACAUCCUCCCGCAAAUACGUCGAGCAGUUCUCCAACGGCAUUACCGUCAUGUCCAUCUACCUGCGCCCUGCCUCGACAGACGGCGGCUACUUCCCCCCCAUGGAAGAGUCCAUUCAUCAGAUCACCAAGGAAAUUUCCCUGCUCUACUGCCUUCCCCAGAACAAGUUCCACAACCUGUUUGCCACUGGUGCCCUGAGCCUUCAGGAGGCUGUCUACGCCCAUGCCACCUGGGUCUUUGUCCAGCAUUUCCUCAACCGUCUAGGCCCCGAGUACGUCUCUCUCUCGGAGAUCAUCAACCACAACGACAGCGCCCAGGCUGCCCUCCUAUCCAAGCUCAAGCGCCGUCUCCGUACCGAGACUUUUACCCCCGACUACAUCUAUGAGAUUAUCCAGUCCCACCCCGAGCUGGUCCGCUCCCUCUACGCUUCCUUUGCCAAUGUCCACCUCAGCGUAGGCCCCGACUAUGAACGCCAUUACCUCGCCCCCACCCCCAAGGUUGAGGUCCUCUCGGAUGAGAGACUCAAGGACAGAAUCUCCAAGACUGUCGCCAACGAGCACGAGGAAAUGGUCAUGACCGCUUUCCGCGUCUUCAACAAUGCCAUUCUCAAGACUAACUACUUUACCCCCACCAAGGUUGCCCUCAGCUUCCGUCUCGACCCCUCUUUCCUCCCCAUGGCCGAGUACCCCCGCCGUCUGUACGGCAUGUUCCUUGUCAUUGGAGCCGAGUCCCGCGGUUUCCACCUGCGUUUCCGCGAAAUUUCUCGUGGUGGUAUCCGUAUCGUCAAGUCCCGCAGCAAGGAGGCUUACGGUAUCAAUGUCCGCAAUCUCUUUGACGAGAAUUAUGGUCUUGCCAGUACCCAGCAGCGCAAGAACAAGGAUAUCCCCGAAGGCGGUUCCAAGGGUGUCAUCCUCCUCGACCCCAAGCAGCAGGACCGUGCUCAGGAGGCUUUUGAGAAGUACAUUGACUCUAUUCUCGAUCUUCUCCUUCCCGCCGAGACACCCGGUAUCAAGAAUCCCGUGGUGGAUCUGUACGGCAAGCAGGAGAUCCUCUUCAUGGGCCCCGAUGAGAACACUGCCGGCCUUGUCGACUGGGCUACCGAACAUGCCCGUACCCGCGGUGCCCCGUGGUGGAAGUCAUUCUUCACUGGCAAGUCUCCGAAGCUGGGUGGUAUUCCCCAUGACAAAUACGGCAUGACUACCCUGUCCGUCCGCGAAUACGUCAAGGGCAUCUACCGCAAGCUGAACCUUGACCCCUCUACCGUCCGCAAGAUGCAGACUGGCGGUCCCGACGGUGACCUGGGCAGCAACGAGAUCCUUCUCGGUAACGAGAAGUGGACGGCUAUUGUUGACGGCUCUGGUGUUCUGGCCGACCCCAAUGGUCUCGACAAGGACGAGCUUGUUCGUCUUGCCAAGAAGCGUGCCAUGAUUGGCGAGUACGACAUGUCCAAGGUGUCCAAGGACGGCUACCGUGUGCUUUGCGAGGACAAUAACGUUACCCUACCUAACGGCGAGGUUGUUGCUAACGGUACCUCUUUCCGCAACACCUAUCACCUCCGUGACACUGGCAUGACUGAUGCCUUUGUCCCUUGUGGUGGCCGUCCCGAGUCCAUCGAUCUUAUUUCGGUUAACCGCCUAAUCAAGGAUGGCAAGAGCGUCAUUCCUUACAUUGUUGAGGGUGCCAAUUUGUUCAUCACCCAGGAUGCUAAGCUCCGUUUGGAGGCUGCCGGCUGCAUUCUCUACAAAGAUGCUUCUGCCAACAAGGGUGGCGUCACAUCGUCGUCACUCGAGGUUCUGGCUUCGCUCUCGUUUGAUGAUGCCGGCUUCGUGGAGAACAUGUGCGUCGACGCCAAGACUGGUGAGGCUCCUCAAUUUUACAAGGACUACGUUCGCUCGGUACAGGCCAAGAUUCAGGAGAACGCUGCUCUCGAGUUUGAGGCCAUCUGGCGCGAGCACGAAAAGACUGGCGAGCCGCGCUCGAUUCUGUCUGACAAACUGUCGAUUGCCAUUACAGACUUGGACGAGCAGCUCCAGAAGUCUGAUCUGUGGGCCAAUGAGACAAUUCGCUAUGGUAUCCUGAGAGACGCGUUGCCCAAGCUUCUCCUCGAGAAGAUUGGUCUCGAGACCAUUGUGCAGCGUGUGCCCGAGAGCUACCUGCGCAGUAUUUUCGGUAGCUACCUGGCGUCGCGUUUCGUGUACGAAUUUGGUGCCGAGCCCAGCCAGUUUGCUUUCUUCGACUUUAUGUCUAAGCGUAUGGCCGCCAUCAACGGUGAUAACGGCAACGGCACUGAGCGUCUCCGCCGCGCUUCCAUCAGCAAGCACUAA